GGAACUUUCACGAACUCGAAUCUGGCAUUAGCAAUUCUGCUCUGUCAUUAUCACUUGCUGGCAGCCGCAGGGCUAAAAAUAUUAAAGGCGUAGAAGUCCUAUACAUAAGAGCAAUAUUUCUCAAUUCUCCGCUAUUCCGCAAUUUCUCAAGAAGCAUUCGCUCCUUUUGUGGGAAACAACAGCUUUUUCUUCAUCCUCGCCUCUCUGCAAACCCUAAUUCGGGAACAAAUUUUUCUUGUAUUGAGAUUUUGGUUAUUUGGAGUUCAAAUAUUGACUGGUGAUUCUAUUUUGCCACUCUAGCUAUGACUCUUGCAGGCUGCAAGGCUUCUUGCUAACUUGAUCAUCAUGGGCUCUGGGAUAAUGGCAAGAGCUUUUGUUCAAGCAUAUCGGCAGGCACUUGCCAAUGCCUCAAAGAACGGUGUUGCUCAAGAAGCAGUACAGAACAUAAGACGAGGUAGUAAAAUGAUGACCGAGGCAGAGGCAAGGCAAAUCCUUGGUGUCACUGAGAAUGCAACAUGGGAAGAGAUUUUGCAGAAGUAUGAUAACUUGUUCGAGCGGAAUGCUAAGAAUGGAACUUUCUAUCUCCAAUCAAAGGUUCAUAGAGCCAAAGAAUGCCUGGAAACAAUUCAUCAACCAAAAGAGCAAAGCACAAGUUAAUAGUGUGCUAUGGCUUAUUGAGUAGUGUCUCUGACAUAUUUGUCUUUGGUUUCUUUCCUUAAGGUGUCUGUUAUAUGUUGUUUGGCUUCGUGUCACUUGAUGGAAAUACUUCUUCAUCUGGCCGAUGGUUCUGUACAAGUUGAGGAUUUUAGUGAAUGUUAUCCUCUUCUGCAGACACUGCCUGUACUCUAGUUUUACCAGUGAAAGCUAUAUCAAUAUACAUGAAGUUCUAGAUCAAGAAAGCCUCACAAAUUUUGUA